CCGGACGCUUUGCCAGUCUGUCAGUACUUCGUUAGACGUGGGUCGUGUUACGCGCCUCGCAUAACGUUAGUCACUCAAAAUAAUGACUGACAAUAUCCCCCGCGCUAAUCAACCGUCUACACAAAACGAGUGAAGGGUCCCGGACCCCAUCGCAAAGCUAUGGCAGGUGCCAUUCGUUCUUACAACUCGCUAGUUAUUUGAGUGUGACAGACUUUAAAUCGGUAAAAAUUCACAAUGAUACAGGACAGCGAUACCUUAGCCCUCGCUGAGAGGGUCGCCGUCUUUAAAAGCGAUCCAGAGAAACUACGGCAAGCUACCGAAUUUGUAGAUCAACUCAUUGAGCAAGCUAAGAAAGAGGCUGAACUAAAACAAAAAGAGAAAGACAGAAGUAAAUUCGAAGCACAAGAAGCUGCUGCUGGUAAUCUAAAGCGGCGUCUGGGGCGGGCGCGAGGCUUCGUUUUGCGUAUGUUCGACGCACUAUGCAACUGCACGCAGACCGCCGCGGCCGCCGCGCGCACCACAGCACGCAACAAUCCGUUUACAAAACGCUAACUCGAUUGUGACUUUUAGACCGGUUUUAGGGGAUUAUAAUUGAAGAGAGAAAAUUAGAGUGAUAUGAGAGAUACAACAAGGAUAUUUGAUAUUUAAUGCGAUCACAAUUUAUAUUGACCAUUAAUAACAGCAUUAAAACAUGUAAUGUACUGAUUAAAAUCGAAUAUUUAAAAUAGGAAAGAAUAUCUACAAAGUAUUUGUAAGUUCAUAAAAUUGACAUGGUUUAGAAAGAUGUUAUCAUAUCGACAAAGUCGUUAAGUAACAUAAUUUCAGUAAAAGUGGAUAUAAGUACAGUGUACAAAAUUACCUCUGACACUAAUUCCAAUUAGCAUCUCUGUGGUAAAUAAUAUAAAUGGUUAUACCUACGUUAAAGUUCGUCAUCGACAACUUAACGGAAGUAUGACAAUUGAAAAAUAUCGUUUCAGAUUCGAUACAAAACAUUAAGAUUUACGACGAGUUCAUUAUGUCGAAAAUAGGGUUUGUUUAAACGUAUAUUUUUACAUAUCUUAAGAAGUAUUAAAUGCAGGGAAGGAAAGGAACAAACGUGGGGAAAUGGCGGUUUUCAAACCAAAGAUCUAAAUAAAAAUUAAUAUAUAAAUAAAAUAAAAGAUGUAACAGUUAUUAAUAUAAAUGUUAAGUAGUCACAGUUAUGUCACAAUAUUUUGUUUGUUAUAAUUAUUAAUGUUGGUUAUUUUUCUUUUUUUUUUAAACGCUUUUCCCUUAUGAAAUUCACUGCCGAACUAAUAAAUUUAUACACUCAUGACGUUUAUGUCUUGGACGAAGUUGAUUUAAUA